UUUAGAUUUUUCUUAGGUUUUUAAGGUUUUCUCAGCUUUUCUUAGGUUUUCUUACACCCUAAUUGAAGGUUUUCUAACGCCCGAACUGAACGGGGCGGCCGAAUUGUCAUGCGGCCGAAAUGUCAUGCGGCCGAAAUGUCAGGGAGACGAUCAAUGCUACUGUUGGUGCUUAAACCAGCCAUACUGGCCGGAUUGCGCUGACAAGAAAUGUCCUGGUAAUUUUGCGUUCAACUGCAGCACCAAGUGCGUAUGUACAAUACCGUGUAGAGCCAGUCGAAAUGCUGGUGGCAUGAGCGACAGCUGAAAGUAGUGGUCGUGUUGUGCAGUGGUCCAGGGGAGUCAAUACGCGAAAUUGGUUGAACAUAUUCUACAGGACGAUGACGGACAGCAUGCACUACAGUGUACUCUUAGUGGUAAUGCUGGCAACUGUGCCGAAUUGCAUGGUGUUUGGCGACAGCUCUGAACCACGGCUGACAACACUUCAGCGCGCCGCGCUGGCGGUGCAGCAGGCUGAAGCCAGCAUGACCGACAACGUCGUCAUCCUGCCCACCUUCAAGAACGCCGCUGCCGGUGCGUUCCCUGCGACCCAUAUAGUGCGUGUCCCACUGGGAGCUGUGGCGAGGUUCUCUUGCGACGCCGCAGCGCAGCGGAUCCUCUGGCGGCACAACAACGCCACCGUCCACGACGACGGGAUUCCGCGGUCUCCUAAAGGUCACUAUUACCGGCCGACGUCCAGCGCCAACACCAGCUCCCUCCUCAUCCACAACGUGACCCGCGAGGCCGCCGGGACGGUGGAGUGUCUCUUCCCCUGCAACGGUGACCUUUGCGUCCUCCGGCAGUUCGAGCUGCAGCUGCGACUGCGCGUGGAAGACGACUUCACGGAGCCCAUGCGCAACGUGUCCACGCCGCUGCUGAGCUUCUCCAUGACGUGCAGCGGGCGCGUCGACUGCAGCCAGACGGGCUCCCGCGCCCACUUCAUCUGGAAGUUCGACGGACGGUUCCUGGUGGCGCCCUAUCGCUACCUGCAGACCAUCGCUGAAACCUCGCACAUACCCGGUCUGCGGUAUGGCCGCUUCCGCGACAGUGAGUCCGAGCGCGGAGCGGCCCAGCCCAUCUGCGCUAACACGCUGACCAUCGGCAUGGGAAAGAUGACCAGCAACCGGACGGCGCGGGUCGACUGCUGGAUGCGCCCUGAUUCCCGCAACCACGAAUGGUUCGUCCAGUCGGCCUACGUCCACUUUACGCCCUUCGCUGCACUGGAUGAGAUCGAUAUAUACGAGUAAAUGCAGACCCGUUCUGCAUUAAUUCAUGUCCGCGGAUAAAAGUGGGCAAUGCUGUCAGAACAAAUAUGCAAUUUGACAGUUCAGGUAACACUGACGCCGGCAUCCUCAGACAGUCGCUGCGCUUCGUGUU